GUGACAGAGGACGACUUACGCUCUCUCAUUUUCUGCGACUUUUCUGAACCGAAAGGCGCUAAAAACUACUUGGAAGUCCGGAAUAUCGAGCAGUUACGCAAGACAGUUGAAGGCUUCUUGGAAGAAUACAACCAAUUGAGUAAGAAACCAAUGAACUUAGUCCUCUUCCGCUUUGCCAUAGAGCACGUCAGCCGAAUAUCGCGUGUCCUCAAACAGCCGCGUUCGCAUGCGCUCCUAGUCGGUGUUGGCGGAUCGGGCCGUCAGUCUCUGACACGUUUAGCAUCCUACAUGUGCGACUAUGACAUAUUUCAGGUAGUAACAUGA